AUUCGAUCAUGUGUUCAUCUUCAUGAUGGAAAACAGCGGAAAUGACGUGAUACUUGGAAAUGAAAAUAUGCCAUUUAUCAAUUUGCUGAUACAACAUUUUGGUUUCGCAGCAGAAUAUUAUGGAAUUACUCAUACUAGCCUGCCUAAUUAUAUUGCUCUUACUUCUGGAAGCAACUGGUGGAGUCAUAAUGAUUCAACAAAGCAAGUCUUUGACCAUACUUGUAUUGCAGACAAAUUGGAAGAGAAAGGACUUGGCUGGAAGAACUAUGCACAAUCUAUUCCUUAUGCAGGCUACAAAGGCAGCUCUUCAUAUCCUCAAAAUAGUAGCUUUGUUUGGCUUCAAGAGCAUGUGCCGUUCUUAUUUUAUCCUCAAAUUUUCCAAGAUCCAGUAAGAGCUGCAAAUAUUCCACCUUUAGAAGAGCUAGAACAAGAUUUGUAUUCCUGCAAUGUUCCAGAAUACGUUUUUAUUUCCCCUGACAUCUGUCACGAUAUGCAUGGAGGCUCCGAUGUGUGUCCAGCAGUAACUGAAUAUCCCAACACUCCUAAGAAACUGGCAUAUUGCUAUAAUACCAAAAAUACUUCUAAGAAUUGUGUCAAUAUCAAUAAUUUAUGGAAAAAAGGAGAUGAAUUUCUUCGAGAGUGGAUUCCCAAAAUUGUAAACUCUCCUAGUUGGACAGGGAACUCGGUCAUAAUUGUCACUUGGGAUGAAGCCAAUUAUAAUGAAGAGUUAAAUGUCUUUACUGAAGGAGGACCAGAUACAGCCUACAUUUAUUCCACUAAUUUUUCUUUUGCGGAUCAUUCCUUCCUCAUUGAUGGCUAUUAUGGAGGUGGAAAGGUUCCACUGAUUGUAAUAUCCAGAGAAAACCCAUAUCAUAUUGUGACUUAUGGAAAAUAUAAUCAUUACAACUUGCUAAAGACUAUUGAGGCCUCCUAUGGUUUAGAUUAUCUGGGAUACACCAGUGACGAUCGUCAAGUUAAGGUCUUGCAUGAAUUCUUUGGCAAAUAGAGCGUUAAAGAUAGCAUUUAUUGUUUGUUCUGAGAGUGUGUUUGUUGAUUUGCUUUGUUGUAAACUUUUGAGAGAGUUUGUUUUUUUAAGUUUUUCUUUCAUGGCAGAUUUUUUUGUUUCAUACCUUUGCAAAUGGAAAGCCUGGCAUCCACAAGAAUAAAAAGGGGAUCUUAGAGAGCUGCAUUUUCAAUACUCAGGCUCUGUUAAAAUUGUUCUUAAAAUUUUUUAAAGAGGUAUGCUAAACUGGGGUCAGACUAUUUAGAAACAUAAUCAUUGGUAACUUGAGGACCAACUAGGCUUUGUUUUUCUCUUUUGAGAAACGAGCUCUCGUAAAGCAGAAAUUUUUGAAUCAGUUGAUUAUCAUGUUCAAUGAUUGAUUAGGAGCCCAACUUUUCAGCUCAGUAAACAAACUUCUAUUUGUCAAUAAACUUUGUCAACCGGAA